AAGUGUACCGCGCUGAUUGGCUCCCAGGUGCCGGCCGCGUGUGAUGUCCGGAGCAGCGAUUGGCCCUCGCUCGCUCGGGGCUUCUCUCACGGGGACCGGGGACUCCCGGGAAGUGGACCGGCUGAGGAGUGGGCAGUCAAGGUUUCUGUGCGGACCGAGAAGAAGAGCCCCGGCGUGAGGUGGCCUCUUUGGGCCGGGUGGGCUGGCGAGCCGACGCGGCGGCGGAGGAAAGUGUGAGGAGUGUACAGGACCCGGUCCAGCCGAGGAACCAUGGCCCCGCAGAAUCUGAGCACCUUCUGCCUGUUGCUGCUGUACCUCAUCGGGACCGUGAUCGCCGGGCGAGAUUUCUAUAAGAUCUUGGGGGUGCCUCGCAGUGCCUCCAUUAAGGAUAUCAAAAAGGCCUACAGAAAACUAGCCCUGCAGCUUCACCCUGACCGAAACCCUGAUGACCCACAAGCCCAAGAGAAAUUCCAGGAUCUGGGUGCUGCUUAUGAGGUUCUAUCAGAUAGUGAAAAACGAAAACAAUAUGAUACCUACGGUGAAGAAGGACUAAAAGAUGGUCAUCAGAGCUCCCAUGGAGACAUUUUUUCACACUUCUUUGGAGAUUUUGGUUUCAUGUUUGGAGGAACUCCGCGCCAGCAAGACAGAAAUAUUCCAAGAGGAAGUGAUAUUAUUGUAGAUCUAGAAGUUACUUUGGAAGAAGUGUAUGCAGGAAACUUUGUGGAAGUAGUUAGAAACAAGCCUGUGGCCAGGCAGGCUCCUGGAAAACGGAAAUGCAACUGUCGGCAGGAGAUGCGGACCACACAGCUGGGCCCAGGACGCUUCCAAAUGACCCAGGAAGUGGUCUGCGAUGAGUGCCCUAAUGUUAAACUGGUGAAUGAAGAACGAACACUGGAAGUAGAAAUAGAACCUGGAGUGCGAGAUGGCAUGGAGUACCCCUUUAUUGGAGAAGGUGAGCCUCAUGUGGACGGAGAGCCCGGAGACUUACGGUUUCGAAUCAAGGUGGUCAAGCACCGAAUAUUUGAAAGGAGAGGAGAUGAUUUGUACACAAAUGUGACAAUCUCACUAGUUGAGUCUCUGGUUGGCUUUGAGAUGGAUAUUACGCAUUUGGAUGGUCACAAGGUUCAUAUUUCCCGGGAUAAGAUUACCAGGCCAGGGGCCAAGCUAUGGAAGAAAGGGGAAGGCCUCCCCAAUUUUGACAACAACAAUAUCAAGGGCUCUUUAAUAAUCACUUUUGAUGUGGAUUUUCCAAAAGAACAGUUGACAGAGGAGGCAAGAGAAGGUAUCAGACAGCUACUGAAGCAAGGACCCGUGCAGAAGGUGUACAAUGGACUGCAAGGAUACUGAGUGAAUAAAAUUGGACUUUGUUGAAAAUAAGUGAAUCAGCGAUAUUUAUUAUCUGCAGAGGUUUUUGUGUGUUUCUGUUUUUAUUUUCAAUAUGCAAGUUUGGCUUAAAUUCUUUUUUCCUGUUGAUUGUCAUGACAUGAGUAAGAAGACUUAAGCGUGUGUCCAUUUGCAUUCAGACAAGAAUGAACAACCGAAGGUUACUUAAUACCUCUCCCCUUGGGGAUUAAUGUCUGGUGCUGCCGCCUGACUUUCAAGGAUGAAAGCUGCAAGAAGACUUGAGGAGCAAAAGAAAUGAUUUAAAUGGUUGGAGUUUAUUGUUAGCUAUUUCAUUCAAAAUCCCAACUGGAGAAAUCUGUUUUAAAAUACAUCUUGGUUUGUUUUUUCUUA